AUGAUGCUCUCUCGCAAGCACCGGCCGGCGCCCUCGGUCAAGUCGCUGCCUAUCAGCCCUCCGCUGCCCUUCCCGCCCGCCUACUACCAGCACCCGCAUGAGCACCGCGCAGGAGACGCAAAGCAACCGCUAGACCACGCCGAGAUAUAUCCCCAGAUGGCGCCGCGCGACUAUCCAGACUAUGCGGCGAUGCCAGACCCUGCGUCGGGCGUGAACCUUGCCGUCGAGCAGUCCUACUUCGACCUGCGCGGCCAGCACCAGCACCACCAUCAUCUUCACCAUCACCACCACCACCACCAAGAACAUCCCGAACACUCCGAGCAAUACCCCUUCAGCCCAAAUGACUACAGCUACGAGUUCAACAACUACAGUGCGCCCCGACUGCCGCCCUCGCCGCCGACGUCUCCGCCCUAUGCGGCUGCCGUGCCCCAGGAAGACCACUACCCGGCCUCGCUGCCUUCGCUGCCUCGCUCGCUAAAGAGCGCCGGCCACAAACGGGGCACUCGCUCGAUGGGUAGUGCGACGGCCAUUUCGCGGCCCUCGCGGCACAGCAGAGGCGGCAGCGCUGCUACGGACGUUGGACGGGCCUCAGAUGUAUCGAUAGACCUGACGGACAUGCUGUCGGACAAGCUGGACGAGGUCAUCAACCAUAUGGACAUGCAAGUCUUUAGUGGCCGUGAGAGAGACCUCUAUCUCGAUGUUGAUGCUGGCCCGGUCGGCCCUGAUGCGGCCACCAAGACCAACUCCAGCCGCAGCUUUCUGCGCUCCUCCUCGUCGGCCUCCAACAAGACGAACUACUUUGCAAAGGCAUACCACUACGCAAACUCCAGGCUACCCCCUAAACUCACCCCUCUCAAUCUGUUCAUAUCAACAUGGCCGCUGCUGUGUCUGGCUGCCCAGUCGUCCCAGAGCGCCUACAACCGUCCCUCCCCCGUCGAGCGGGAGACUCAAGUCGAAGGAGACCCUUACUUGGGCACAAAGACCAUGGUCAUCAAGUCUGUUGCCCUCGACCAUAUGAAUCUCAUCGUCUUUGCCGUCAGAGGCACCACCCGCUCCUCUUUCACGGACUGGGCUACCAACAUGAAUGCCGAGCCUGCAACUCCCACAGGCUUCCUCGACGACCCAGGUAAUCUUUGCCACGCUGGUUUCCUCUCCGUGGCCCGCAAGAUGGUCCGUCCAGUGGCCCUGCGGCUCGAGCAGCUUCUGGUCGAGAACCCUGCUCGCUCAAAGUUCUCUCUUGUCAUUACAGGCCACUCCGCCGGCGGUGCGGUUGCUAGCCUGCUGUACGCCCAUAUCCUCUCUUCCACUUUGCGUUCGGAACUGAUAUAUCUCCGUGACCGCUUCAAGCGCAUACACUGCUUCACCUUUGGCUCUCCGCCGGUAUCUCUGCUGCCUAUUAACAAGCCGUCGGACCCACGCUACGCCAAAUGGCUCUUCUACACCUUUGUUAAUGAAGGAGAUCCGCUCUACAAGUCGCCAGUCCCGUCAAUCAACGGCAGCAGGUCUCGUUCAUCUACAACCAACAGCAAGCCAAGUAAGCUCGGCUUCCUCAAGGACCGUCGAGAGAGCUAUGAUAGACCCGACUUUGAACAGCAAGUCAGCUGGCCUAUUCCCUCGCCCACACUCACCUUGCCAGGCUGCCUGAUCGUCCUUCGCGGAGAUAGAACUAACCCCAGAGACAAGGAUGUGGUGGAAGCAUACCUGACGAGCAACGAUCAGAUGGCCGGCGUUGUCUUUGGAGAUGUUAUGAUGCAUAUGAUGACCCUAUACGAGCGGCGCAUUCAGCUUCUGGCUACAGAUGCUGUCACUGCCAGGGCUGCUCGAUGA